AUGGCCAUGAAAAGUCACGCGAUCAAAAGUGCAGAGGUGCCAAACGAAGGGAGCUGCAGAGUAAUGUGUUUGAUGGAGCCUAAUUGUGUGUCCAUCAAUGUUGGACCUGUUGUAGGAAGAAACCAAAAAUGCGAGUUGAAUAACGCCACGGAGGAAAACCAUGCCCCAAUUUUUCUCGUGAACAAUCCGGGUUACACAUAUCUUGCAAUUGAGGUUUCUUUUGAAUUAGCAACUGCUCAUUGUCGGUCAAACGUAAUACUCAUCGUGCGGCUCGUUUUUUCAGGAAAUUCUGGUGACUCCCUUGCUGUGCACCGCGGUAUGCCAUUCACCACUAAAGAUCAAGAUAAUGACCAUCAUGGAGAUUACAACUGCGCCAUUAAGUACGAAGGAGCAUGGUGGUACGAGAGGUGUCACCGCUCGAAUCUCAAUGAUUUAUAUCUUCGUGGCCAGCACUCCUCCUUUGCUAAUGGAGUGAACUGGAAACACUGGAAAGGACAACAUUACUCUCUAAAGAGAACCGAGAUGAAAAUAAGACCAGUGGAUUUCUGA